UCAGAACAGUCUUAAAAAGCUUCGUUCUCCAUUUUCACACCCGUUCCUCAUCCCCUCUCUCCCUUUGUCUCGCUCUGUCCCUCGCGUUUGGAUAACAAAGCAAGCGAGCGCUCGCUGAACGAGCCGGGUGACUCCUGAACAGACCCAAGUGUCACACAGCCAUGUCUGCGGCUCCAAAUCCAUUGCUUUCUUCGAGUUUCUAUGGCGACAGAGUCUUGCUCUGUCCUCCUACUCCUAAAACCACGAAAUCGUCCCUUAACUCGCAAAUUUUCAGGAGAAAGUUCCGGGCGACCCAAUCCGUCUUGAAUAGCGAUGUGCCCAAUUUGGCGCGGUUGAAGUCCGCGCAAUCCAAGGCGACUCUGGCCGCUCUUCUCUUCGCUUCUUCGAUAGUCCCACAGGCCGGAGCCGCCGAUGCUCCUAAUCUGCCAACUCCUCCGCCGGUAGUGGAAGCGCAACCCACGAAGCCGAGCCCCUCUGAUGCGUCGCCGUUCGCGCAGAACCUGCUUCUGACGGCCCCGAAGCCUCAGGCCUCUGCUUUGUCGGACCUUCCGGAGGGAAGUCAGUGGCGGUACAGCGAGUUCUUGAACGCGGUGAAGAAGGGGAAAGUGGAGAGGGUGAGGUUUAGCAAGGACGGCUCUGCCCUCCAGCUCACCGCCGUCGACGGCCGACGGGCCGCCGUGAUUGUCCCCAACGACCCGGACCUCAUCGACAUCUUGGCGAUGAAUGGGGUCGACAUUUCGGUCUCCGAGGGAGAUUCAGGUAAUGGGUUGUUUGCCUUCAUUGGGAAUUUGCUCUUUCCUUUCCUUGCUUUCGCUGGACUGUUCUUCCUGUUCCGCCGAGCUCAGGGCGGUCCAGGCGGGCCUGGCGGGCUCGGUGGCCCCAUGGAUUUUGGGAGGUCCAAGUCCAAGUUCCAGGAAGUGCCGGAGACUGGUGUUACGUUUGCUGAUGUAGCUGGGGCUGAUCAAGCCAAAUUGGAAUUGCAAGAGGUGGUUGAUUUCUUGAAGAACCCUGAUAAGUACACAGCUUUGGGGGCUAAAAUCCCCAAAGGUUGUCUUCUUGUCGGCCCUCCUGGAACCGGGAAGACCCUUUUGGCAAGGGCGGUGGCUGGUGAAGCUGGUGUGCCGUUCUUCUCAUGUGCCGCAUCCGAGUUUGUGGAGUUGUUUGUGGGUGUCGGUGCUUCGAGAGUUAGGGACUUGUUUGAGAAGGCGAAGUCCAAAGCGCCUUGCAUUGUGUUCAUUGAUGAGAUUGAUGCGGUGGGGAGGCAGAGAGGAGCUGGUCUUGGAGGAGGGAAUGAUGAGAGAGAGCAAACUAUCAAUCAGCUAUUGACUGAGAUGGAUGGUUUCUCGGGGAAUUCAGGUGUCAUAGUAUUGGCAGCUACGAACAGGCCAGAUGUUCUUGAUUCAGCUUUGUUGAGACCUGGGAGGUUUGAUCGACAGGUUACCGUGGACAGGCCUGAUGUUGCUGGACGAGUAAAGAUCCUUCAGGUGCAUUCUCGAGGAAAGGCACUUGCAAAGGAUGUUGACUUUGAAAAGAUUGCGAGGAGAACUCCGGGUUUCACUGGGGCUGAUUUGCAGAAUCUGAUGAAUGAAGCAGCCAUUCUUGCAGCAAGGCGCGACCUCAAAGAAAUCAGCAAAGAUGAAAUAUCCGAUGCUCUGGAGAGAAUUAUAGCUGGACCAGAAAAGAAAAAUGCUGUUGUCUCAGAAGAAAAGAAGAAGUUGGUUGCUUAUCAUGAGGCUGGGCAUGCUUUAGUUGGUGCGCUGAUGCCUGAAUAUGACCCUGUGGCCAAGAUAUCCAUCAUACCCCGUGGCCAAGCUGGAGGUCUUACCUUUUUUGCUCCAAGUGAAGAGAGACUCGAGUCUGGGCUGUACUGUAGAAGCUACCUCGAGAAUCAGAUGGCUGUUGCACUCGGUGGAAGGGUUGCUGAGGAGGUGAUUUUUGGAACAGAGAAUGUUACAACAGGAGCUUCCAACGACUUCAUGCAAGUUUCUCGGGUGGCGAGGCAGAUGGUUGAGAGGUUUGGCUUUAGCAAAAAGAUCGGGCAAGUAGCCAUCGGUGGACCUGGUGGAAAUCCCUUCUUGGGUCAGCAGAUGUCUACCCAGAAAGAUUAUUCGAUGGCAACUGCAGAUGUGGUAGAUGCAGAGGUUAGGGAAUUAGUAGACAGGGCUUAUACGAGAGCAAAACAGAUCAUUACCACCCAUGUCGACAUUCUCCACAAGCUUGCUCAACUCCUUAUAGAGAAAGAAACUGUCGACGGGGAAGAAUUCAUGAGCCUCUUCAUCGAUGGAAAAGCCGAGCUGUUUGUUUCUUAAUUUUGUUUAUAGUAGUUUGCAGAUAAAAAUCAGAAAUUCACUCUUAAGUUCCUUAUACCUUGUACACAUUGAUGACCACUUUAUCAUUUCUUUUGACAUAAAUCAGAAACAAUAGCAUUCAGAAAA